CACGGUUCUGCUAUGCUGCGAGUGCGACACGACGUUCCACCGCUCGUGCCUGGCUUCACCACCGGCGUCUAUGCCUGACGGAUGUUACUGGGCUUGCGACGACUGCCGAGCCAACGAGUCGGUGGAGAAAACUCCGGUCAAGGACAGCUCGUCGGAAGAAGGCAAAGUUGAGAACAACAGCAGCAAGAUCUCGUCGUCAUCGUCGUUUCAGCCCUUGGCGCCAAUUAGUCUCGGUCCGUGGGUGUUUGGCACGCGCCAACUGGAACUCAAGGGCCCUCCGUUCGAGUGGAAUUGCGUCCCCAAUCCCGACCCGAGUAUUCCCGACGCUUCGCUCUGGACUUCGGAAGACGUUCAAAGUUACUUCAGCCGGCUGGGAUUCGAAGAGCAGGCCGCUCUGUUGCGCCACAAUGAAAUCGACGGUCCGUCCCUGUUGCUGAUGAAGAGAAACGACGUCGUCGGCAACAUGGGAUUGAAGCUGGGCCCGGCCGUCAAGAUCUACAACCACAUUCGCCGUCUGCAGACACGUCGCGACGAUCUGAUUUACGCUUAAGCCAAUUGUAGAAGAAAAACCGUCGCUAAGUUUGCAACAUUUCCCUUCCACCUUUCUCCUCUCCUCACCAACAUUUUUGAAACUUGGAACAAGAAAGCCGGAAGAAGAAGAAGACAAAAAUCCCCCAAAAUGCAAUGAAAUCUCGACGCCGAUCAAGUUCAAAACAAGCAGACGUGGAAUUGCAUAAUCAUCUUUUCGUUAUUCCUUUCUUGUUGUAAUAAUCGUCACACAUUUACAAUAAAGGGAAAAACGAAAUAA